UGCCAUCUCUUUCUCUCUCUCUCAUGUCUGAACUCAAUUGUGAGUGAAAAGGGGUUUCUUGCAUUUACUUCACUUUGCACUUCACUUCUCUCUCUCUCUCUUGGGUUGCAUUGAAGCUUUUUGUUUGAGAUUCUGAAGUGAGGAGCAACUUUCUUCUUAAUGUUCACUUUGGGACUAUUCAUUGUGUUGGUUGGUGACAAGCUGCAACUAUGAAGAGAUUUCUCUCUCACAGUUUUCUCCUUCAAAUUGCUGUCUCUCUUCUUCUUGUUCUUCUUCUGUUUAUGAACAAGUCUCAGGGCUCUCCAAUCAGGUUCGCAAAAUAUUCGUUUUCUGUCACUACUAAGGUUGAUGCGCUGCCUCCUGCUAUCCCUCCAAGUAGUACACAGCCACAGCCCUUUAUUCCCCUUCUAGCUCCUUCCCCAUUGAUACCUUUCACAAAUAAUUCGGUGCCUAAGUUAUCAGGUCAUUGUUCAUUGAAUUUCUCAGCUGCUCAAGAUAUAAUGACCACAACUGCUACUGAUUGCUGGACUUCCUUUGCUCCAUAUUUGGCAAACGUUGUAUGUUGUCCUCAAUUUGAUGCCAUGCUGGUGACCCUCAUAGGGCAGUCUAGCAAAUACUCUGGGGUGCUAGCUUUGAACACAACUCAUGCUCAUCAUUGCCUCUCUGAUGUUCAAAAGGUCCUGGCCAGUCAAGGAGCAAAUAGGGACCUAAAAAAAAUAUGUUCAGUCCACCCAACAAAUCUCACUGAGGCCUCUUGUCCUGUUGUAUUUGUUGAUGAAUUUGAGAGUAUUGUAGACACUUCAAGACUUCUGACUGCUUGUAGAAAAAUUGAUCCUGUAAAUGAGUGUUGCGAUCAAGUUUGCCAAAAUGCCAUACAUUAUGCUGCUAGAAAAAUUGCCUUGAAUGAUUUGUCUAAUUCAGAUGGAAAUCAUAGCUUGCCUUGGCCGACAACUAGGAUCAAUGAUUGCAAGAAUAUUGUUCUUCGUUGGCUGGCUAAUAAACUUGAUCCAUCCACUGCAAAUAGUGUUUUUAGAGGACUCUCAAACUGCAACCUAAACAGAGUAUGCCCAUUGGUUUUACCAAAUGUCACAAGUGUUGUGAAAGAAUGCGGGAAUCUCAUAAAUAACCAAACAGCUUGCUGCAAAGCCAUCAAAAGUUAUGUGUCCUAUUUGCAAGAACAGAGUUUUGUAACCAAUCUGCAAGCCUUGAAAUGUGCUACAUCACUUGGAAAGAAAUUGCAGCAAGCAAAUGUCUCCAAAAAUGUUUAUAAUCUUUGUCGUAUAAGCCUGAAGGACUUUUCUCUUCAAGUUGGAUUGCAAGAAUCUGGCUGCCUUUUGCCCAGUUUGCCUUCAAAUGCAGUAUUUGAUGGAACUUCAGGGAUUGGAUUCAUUUGCGACCUUAAUGACAACAUUGUAGCUCCAUGGCCCACAACAUCAUAUUCGCUACCAUCCUCAUGCAAUAGAACUACAAAACUUCCAUCUCUUCCUACAGCAACGUCUUCACAAAAUGGUAAGAACCAUACUACUGUACUACUACAAACUGGUUUUUCAGGUCUGAUCUUCUCUUCAUUUCAAAGCAAUGGCAGUUGUAAAAUAUAGGGUCAGUUUGUUUUAAAUUGAUUUUCUCUCAAAAUCAUUUCUACACUUUACAAAAUUGAUUCUUACAACUCCAAAAUCUUCCCAAGCAAUCCAAGUACUUUCAAAACCCUUUUUCACAGAUGAGAACGUGAUUAUGAAGUCCAACCAAACAUGUACAUAAAAGGUUCCUUCUCUCUUCUUUCAUGUAUGAUCUAUAUAGUCAUUAACGAGGCAGAUAUCUAAUAUAAGAGCUACAAAAUCAGUUUGUAUUUUCAUUUAAUGUGAUGCACACAUGUUUUCCUGCUAUUCUUGAAGAAAAAUGAAACACAGAAAUAAGAUAAAAUGAACAGAAUUAUUUUAAAUCUUCUUGAAGACUAGGAAUUCAGUUUGCUUUUCAGCUAUCUACUUUAGCCAAAUCAUUGCAGGACUUCUGUAAGGAUAGAUUGAUGAUUAGACAAUUUAAUUAAGUGCACUGGAAAACUGUUCAACUUGAUCACACGAGGAGCUUACCUAUGUUGGUUCUUCAUCACAUACAGUCACCCUUAGUUGGAUACUAUGCAUUUUCAUUGAUGUGUGUCUACUUUGAAUUUCCCUUGAUUGCAGGUCUUUUCAUUAAUACCUUGGUUUUGCCUCUCCUCUUUACCUCUAUACUACUUCCCAAGAGGCUUCUUUAACCUUGGAGUUCAGUGUUUAAGUUCUUUUGGCCACAGGGAUUUUUCAGAUAAGUUGGCUAUUCUUUGAGGUUCCAAGAAAGGACCAAGUCCUUAUUCUUAUCCAAUCAUCCAAUAUGUUUAUAUUGUCACUAGUUAAUGAGUGGAGGAAUCCUACUUUGAGAUAGUCUUUCUGGUAGAUUCUUGAUUGUAUUCUAAUAUUUUACCAUAUCAUUGUUUCAAUAUUCUUUGAAAUUGUAAUAAGUUUUUGUUUCCUUAUAAAGAAAUAGUAUAAAUACAAAAAGGAUUAUCUAAGUUCUUUGUGUAUACUAUACAAUUUCGUUGUGGCUUA